AAUUACAGGAUGGAUUCCAGGGAUCUGGCAAUAGUAGUAAUAUUCAUCCUUCAAUGUUCUGUGGGAAUUCUGAGAAAUUUCUCUCUUCUGUUGUACUACUUAAUGCGUCAUUUUAAUAAACACAUAUUAAAACCAAUUGAUUUGAUUGUCAUGAACAUGUUCAUAGCCAACUUCUUGAUUAUAUUCUCAAGAAGUGUGCUACAGACAAUGGAAAUGUUUGGGACUGAACUAUUCUUCAAUGUCUUUGUUUGCAAAUUGUUUUUGUAUACUGAAAGAGUUGGCAGAAGUGUUUCCAUUAGUACCGUCUGUCUCCUGAUUGUCUUCCAGGCUAUCACCAUCAGUCCCAGUGACUCCUGCCUUACUGGUCUUAAAGUAAGACUUCCAAAGUAUACUAGUGUUUCUAUUUUCCUAUGCUGGGUUUUGUAUUUGGGAGUAAAUAUGAUUCCACCAGUGUAUGCAUAUAUUAAAUGGAACAGCAAUAAUGUGACAUAUAAAAAAACUUCAAAAUACUGCUUUAGUAUAGGUCGUGAUGAAUUUUCAGGCUUGUUUAUUACAACAUUUAUUGUAUUCCCUGAAAUCUUGCUUGCUGUCCUUAUUGUCUCAUCUGGAAGCUCAAUGGUUGUCAUUUUGUAUAGACACAAGCAGAGGGUUCAACAUAUCCACUGCACUUAUGCUUCCACCAGAACAUCCCCUGAAUCAAGAGCCACUAAAAGCAUUUUGGUAUUAGUGUCAGUCUUUGUUUGCUUUUAUUCUCUCUCCUCCAUCUUAUAUGGUUGCAUUGCUCUUUUUUGUGAUGCUGGCUGGUGGCUUAUAAACAUCACGUCCAUCAUUUCUCUGUGUUUUCCUAUUUUGGGCUCCUUUCUGGUGAGCCAUGAUACUGCUUUGCCCAGAUUCAGCUUAUCCUGGAUAAGGAAUACAAGAAGACCAUAA